AUGUCCAUCAAUUCAUCAUUGUCAUAUGAUCCUCAAACUGAUUACUUAGAAGGCUAUGAAGAUUUUGGUGAAGAUAUUGCAUCACAGCCAAUAGAAGCACCUGCCCGUCAUCAAUGUGACCAAGCAAUGGUAUUUAUGAUUAAAGGACAUCGCAUCAAAGAUUUGUUGUGCAAUAUUAUAAAGUGUCUUCAGGAAGUAGGUUUAGUUCCUAAAGCAAUUGUUUGUGACCAAGGUGCUAAUAACAUGAAAAUGAGAAAGUUGUUAGGUGUGACUGCAGAAAAGCCAUUCAUUGAAAUUAAUGAUGAAAAAAUCUAUUUUUUUCAUGAUUUACCUCAUUUGAUUAAGUCAGUGAGAAACAAUUUGAAAAAAUAUUACUUCUAUUGUAAUGGUAAACUAUGCAGUUGGCCUCACAUAGACCCAUUCUAUCAUAAAGAUUCCAAAAUGAUUCCACGAUUGGCUCCAAAGUUGACAAAAAAAUGCAUAACACUUCCCCCAUUUUCAUGUAUGAGAGUAUGUUUAGCUGUCAGAGUCUUAAGUCACUCUGUAGCUUCUGGAAUCUUAGUGCAUGUAGCAUUCAAUUCUCUACCAUCAACUGCUGUGAACACAGCAGAAUUUCUUGAAAUGUGUGACACAUUAUUUGAUAUAUUUAAUUCUUCUAGUUGCAAAAGUCCAAAAGAGUAUAGAAAACCUUUAAGUAAUAAUUCAAAACAUCUGCAAAAGCUAGAUGAAAUUAUUGAAUGUUUGAGGAAGCUGAUAGUCUUAAAUAAAGGCAAAUGUAAACCUAUUUGUAUCCAAGGCUGGAUAGAUAAUAUUAUUGCAUUGAAGUUACUGUGGUCAGAGUUACAUAAUGAUUAUGGUUUUCUAUAUUUGUUAACCAGGAGACUUACACAAGACUGCAUUGAAAACAUAUUUUCAAUCAUUCGGGGAAAGGGAGGUAAUAAUGUAAACCCAGAUGCAACUAAAUUCCGCAGUGCCUUAAAGAGUGUAAUGGUAAAUCAAUUGUUUACUGCUUCUGAUGACAGUAAUUGUGAAAUUGAUGCUGCAACAUUUUUGUUAACACAUAGUGAUUUGCUGAAGUGUAAUUUCAAAGUUAAUGUCAAUGAAUAG